CAUACAGCGUUGCCACUUGUGUGUGUAUUUUCCUCUGUCUUUCUCAAAUUAGGAACGCAAAAAAAAAAAGAUCUUUAUUUUCUACAGCUACAAGGGCUUCUUCUUCUCUCCCUUUUGUUUAAAAAUCUGUAUUAAAAGGGAGGCAGUGGAAGUUCAUCUAGUUGUUUGAUUACGCACUUUUUCAGCGUUUUGUAGUGGUAAUUGAGAAGAGAUAAUCCUAGGAAUGCUGAAAAAUGUGUUUGAGUGUCUCGAAUUCUAAAAGUGAUCAUCUCGAGGCUUUGGGCUUAGUAGAGUUGCCAUUUUUCAUCCUUGAGAAUAUUGAGCCCAGGUGCAACGACCAUAGCAUCAUUGCUUGCGCCAAGAUGCAAAGUGCAUGGAGUAUCUGUACAUUGCGUGUUGUGUUAAUAAACGAUAAUUUGUGCGCGGAUGGUUGAGUGGCAGUAGUUUAUAAGGUUUUGCAUCUAAGUUUGUACUAGAAAGAGAUAUAUAGAUUUUAUUUUUAAUGGCCAAUAAAGGAAGCAUACUGAUGGAGCGCUAUGAAGUGGGCAGAUUAUUAGGUCAAGGAACAUUUGCUAAGGUUUACUAUGCGAGGAAUAUCAAAACCGGACAGAGUGUUGCCAUCAAAGUCAUAGACAAGGAAAAAGUUCUCAGGGUCGGGCUCAUGAAUCAGAUCAAACGGGAGAUAUCUGUUAUGAAGCUAGUCAGACAUCCAAAUAUUGUGCAUCUUUACGAGGUCAUGGCAACAAAAACCAAGAUAUACUUUAUCAUGGAAUAUUGUAAAGGAGGUGAGCUCUUUAACAAGGUACUUAAGGGAAGGCUAAAAGAGGACGCCGCACGGAAAUAUUUUCAGCAGUUGAUAAAUGCUGUAGAUUUCUGCCAUAGUAGGGGUGUCUAUCACCGGGAUUUGAAACCUGAAAACUUGCUGUUAGAUGACGAUGAAAACUUAAAAAUUUCAGAUUUUGGUUUAAGUGCUCUAGUUGAGUCAAAGCACCAAGACGGACUCCUCCACACGACGUGUGGGACUCCAGCUUAUGUUGCUCCGGAGGUGAUCAACAGAAGAGGCUAUGAUGGGACUAAGGCUGAUAUUUGGUCGUGUGGGGUUGUCCUAUACGUUUUGUUGGCUGGUUAUCUUCCAUUUCAAGACUCAAAUUUGAUGGAGAUGUAUAGGAAGAUUGGGAAAGCUGAAUACAAAUGUCCGAGUUGGUUUCCACCAGAAGCCCGACGUCUACUUUCAAGAAUGUUGGAUCCUAAUCCAAGUUCAAGAAUUACCCUUGCAAAAAUUAGAGCAAGUUCGUGGUUCCGGAGGGGUAUUUCAACUUCCUCUAAAUCUACAGCAGUAGACGAAGUAAGCACGGAUUCAGCUUCAGCAAAUACAGAGGACAAGCAAGAAGUGGCUUCGAUUCCAAAGUUGAAUGCAUUUGAUAUCAUUUCCCUUUAUGCUAAGUUCGAUUUAUCCAGAUUGUUCGAGGAACCUUGUUUAAAGAAAGAAAUUAAAUUCACAUCCCGGAAAACUGCUUCAGUGAUCAUAUCCAUGCUCGAAAAUAUUGCUAAACAUCUCAAGCUGAAAGUUUGCAAAAGGGAUGCAGGAUUACUGAGGUUCGAAGGAACAAAAGAAGGAAAAAAGGGAACUUUGAGCAUUGAUGUGGAGAUCUUUGAGGUCGUUGAAGCUUUUCAUUUGGUGGAAGUGAAAAAAUCAAAUGGGGAUACAUUGGAAUAUCAACAGAUAUUGAACGAAGGCCUAAGACCGGGUCUUCAAGAUAUCGUUUGGACUUGGCAAGAAGAUCAGCAGCUGCCUCAGCAGUCAGAAGACCAGCUUCACGAGCAGCCACCAAAUAAUCAACUUCAGCAGGAACAACAUUUAGAUAACCAGCAACAACCUCCGGAGCAGCAGCAACUGCUACUCCAAAACCAUCUGAUACAGCAAGAGCAGUUACCUUGAUUACCAUACACUUCCUUGUUCAUAUUUUGUCCUAAAUGCAGGGGCUGAGCUAGGUGCACGUGAGUGGUUCCAUUGAAUCCCCUUCAUCGGAAACGUCAUACUGUGCAAAUAGGGUAGGCAUAAUACAUACAUAAACACCUUUAACUUAGCCUCAACUUUCAACUAAAUACUCCCAACUUUGAGAAACCUCAGCUCGUCUCUAUUGUGUCUCAUGGAUGCCUGACACCGAUAAAUUUUGGAGUUGUCUAGAUGAUCAUUUUGUAAGUUGGAGAGUUCAACUGACACAGUGGUGAUUAGUUGAGGUGUCUAUAUGUGCAUUUCUCAAAGUUGGAUUGUUCAGUUGUCGGUUGAGGCCAAGUUAAGAUGUCUUAUCUAUGUAACUGUCGAAUCCUCUUUACAUAUGGAGGGAAAGUCGGUUUAAAAGUUUCUUUAACUAGCAUGUUCAGAUCUCAGGUAUAGCAUUCUUGCAUUUUAUUUUGAAUUCUCUUUGUUAGAAUUCCCGGUUUGUUCACCGCGUAGCCUAGAUGUUCAUUUUGUAGUUGAGGUUUCCUAAUCAUGGUGUUGUUUUGUACAAUAUAUCUCUCAAAGUACAAGUGAUUUUUGUUCUCAUAGAUACCAUACUCUUGCUUGUGA